CAGGUGGCAAAACGACAGGUGGUUGGAUUUCCCAGCAUUCCCAGCAAAAAUCAAGAUGGCCGCCUCCUGUGAUCAGAGAAAACCCGGCUUGAAAAUCUGGCCAAAAGUCAUCUUAUUUGGGGACUCAAUAACCCAGUAUGCCUUUAACGAUGGAGGAUGGGGCGCAGCACUACAAGAACUUCUACAAAGGAAAUGUGACAUCAUCUGCCGAGGAUUCUCGGGUUACAACACAACGUGGGCCAACAUGAUACAACCACAGGUCAUCAACAACGAGAACGCCUCCGAUGUCGUACUAGUCAUUAUAUUCUUUGGUGCUAAUGACUCUUCCUUAAAAGAGGAAAACCCACAACAACAUGUACCACUGGAAACCUACAAGAACAACCUCAGGAACAUGGUCCACUACCUCCAGGGCCAGGGCAUCGGUCCAGAGAAGAUCAUCCUCAUCACCCCCCCUCCUCUGGAUGAGGCUGAGUGGAGGAAGGUUUGUAAAGAAAAAGGUUUAAAGUUGAACAGGUUGAAUGCAGUGACUGGGCAGUAUGCUAAGAUGUGCUGUGAGGUGGCAGUGGAGAAACAGACGUCGUGUGUCGACCUGUACACCUACAUGCAGAAUGAGAAGGACUGGCGUAAGUUUCUCUCGGACGGGCUCCACCUCUCGAGGGAGGGGAGCCAGUUUCUCGCCCGGUGCCUUUCCCCCAUCGCUCAGGACAAGACAGACCACCUCCCCUUCAUCUUCCCCCACUGGGACAGUAUAGACACCAGCAACCCCGAGAAAUCUUUAAUACAUCCAAACAACUAGGUCUCACACUCUCUCACUCACUACCUAUACUCCGUAUUAACCUCAGUAACUAACAUGUAGAACAGGAUGGUGGUAGCUUGGCUAUGGGAAGGACAUUGUCAAAAUGAAAAACACCAGUGAAAACACCAGUGAAAAACAUCGCUCAGGACAAGACAGUAUAGACACCAGCAACCCCGAGAAAUCUUUGAUACAUCCAAACAACUAGGUCCGACACUCUCACACACUAUACUCCAUAUUAACCUCAGUAACUAACAUGUAGAACAGGAUGGUGGUAGCUUGAUUAUGGGAAGGACAUUGUCAAAAUGAAAAACACCAGUGAAAACACCAGUGAAAAACAUCGCUCAGGACAAGACAGUAUAGACACCAGCAACCCCGAGAAAUCUUUGAUACAUCCAAACAACUAGGUCCGACACUCUCUCACACACUAUACUCCAUAUUAACCUCAGUAACUAACAUGUACAUGUAGAACAGGAUGGUGGUAGCUUGGCUAUGGGAAGGAGUUCAUCAAACUGAAAAGUUUAAGUUUGUAGUUGGUGCUUAUGGUAGCUCCCAUCAUCAAUUCAAAGCCCCUGGACCACACAGCUUUGUGCAAUCGCUACAGCAAGGGGCUAGUCCACUCAUAGUUGUGGAUAUACAAAAUAUUCUGAGGUCUAGGUCCAGUUCAGGUCCAGGUCCAGGUCUGGACCUGAACCUGGACCUGACUGUCUAUGAAAACUUGUGAAUGGGCAGUACUCAAAACAAUGGUCCAUUUUGCUAUAAAGGAAUCUCUAUGGUGGAGUAGUUGAUUCUCACUGGUGUUUUAAAAUCCUAUCUUCAUGUAAACAACAUUAAUUGCAGAAACUUGGUAGAAAUGACUAUAAAGUCUGCUCUACUUUGCUCUAACUUUUUAUUGUCUGGAAUGUGUAAACCCCUGUCGAUAUAAUCUGUUCAUUGUCUAAUAGGUCCAAAACCUGGUCCACUGAUUUUUUCAGGUCUGUUUUUUUCCGGACUGGUCCAACAAGAAAAAACAAAUUUGUCUUUCGCUUGACACAGAUGGGGUAGAACUUAUGAUCUACUGAAUGCAAGGCAAGCACUUACUUACUUGACAAUUGCACCAUUAUGGUCAUUGUCAAAGUGCUUAUAUCCUUUUCUUGAAUCAAAACUAUUUCUGGGAAUAUAUUGAAAAGGAAGCUUUAAGGUAAUUUUGAAUUUUGAUACUUGAGAAAAAAUUGUUACACUAAGGCCUACAGUAUGAAGACAUCAUUUCAUUUUUUUUUUAGUUUGUUUUGCAACCAAUAUUUGCUUCUUUUAUCUUUUACAACAUGUAGUAACCAUGUUAUUCCCAUAGCCAAGCUGAUUUCCAUCAAUAGAAUGUCUUUUCAAGGUGUAGAAAUGAUGAACAAGAAAGCACAACACUAAUCAUGAACUUGAUAAAACUAGUUCUUAGCAGACUAGUUGAUGAAAACUUUUCAGGAAUUUCGAAUCAACGACACAUUUUAAACCUGACAUUUUUAAUGAAGGAACAAAGUACAAAUAGCAUGAAGGACUUGCACUAGACGAUUACGUAAAAAAAAGUACACUAACUCUUUACCCGCAAAAAGCACUGGGAUCGCUUCCUUAAAAUAAUAGGUAGAAAAGUUGUAAUCAAAGUUUGCGGUUCAUUCGCAGAAAGCUUUGGAGUUGAAUUGAUAUCAUACAUGUAUAUUUUGUUUUAUUGUUUGCUUGUUAAUUUAUGGUCUUUUAAAGGCUUAAUUUUAGUGAUAAUGGAGCAAGAAAUAAAAUAGUGAGGAAUUUUUUUCCUCUGUUUUUCAAAAACAGAUGCUAAAGUUUACAAUGUCUGUAAGCAUCAUAAAUAGAGAUCCAACAUUUUCAGUUUCAAAUUAUUGCUCUUCUACAAUACAACAUCUCAGGAAGACUUGGUUGAAUAAUUUUUACCUCAAACAAUGAUUUUGGAACAUCUACAUUUUAUUUCAUUUCUGCAACAAAGACAAUGUUGGGUGAAUUUAUCAAACUGUCGCUCAUUUUCUUUGAAGAAUAAUAUUGUUUUUCAGAAGGAAACAUUUAAACUAAGUCAUUAGGUUAUAAAGUGUCAAUUUCAGACACCAUCUUCUAAGUCUACAUGAAAAUUCCACUCUUCAAGGCUAAUAUUCAACUGUAACACUAAUGUUGUAAACAUUAUGUUGUCUCCAAAAUUGCAUAGAAUUUGCUUGGAAAAAUAAUGUUGAAUUGUUAAAUAUUUAAGAAGUUUUUGUUUUAAUGGAUAUUCUAUAUGGAAUAGUUUGAUGUAUCAAAUGUUUCAAAGCUUUUGGAAGAUGGUCAGUAAUUUUCUUGAAGAUAUGUAAAUUUGUGGCAUGUUUUGCAGUCAGGCUUCUAUGUAAUGUAAUUUUUUGGCGAUGCCUCAGGAGCAAGCCUAAUGAUGUAAUAUAAUUUUGUUAUGUGUUAUCCUUUGUACACUUAUCCUAACGAUGAAAAUCAGUGUAUGUACACAAUUUUGUUGCCUAUACUGUAACUUGCUGCCUUACUCAUUGUAUGUUUUGUAUGACAAAAGCGACCAUGUGUUAAGCUAUUCAGUUGAACUGAAAGUUGUCUUUGCUAAGUGCUAUCUAUGAAAUGUAUAGCUUGAUAAUCAAUUGUCAGUGUUUGGUGAAGGGUGGACUGAGGGAAAUUUUGCACGAGUGAGUGCACUAGUUGCAGCAUGCUUGUAGCAUUUUGUGUUGCAGAAUCCUCCCUUUUAGACCCACAACUUGUAUUGCAAUACACAAGCAACUUGCCCUGGUCUAACAGCCUUCUAGGGUAACUCCUACAUAUGAUUGGCCCUGGACUUUUAACUCUUGCACAUGAUUGGCUGGUGAUUUGAACUGGAAGAACACCCGGGCUUCUGAUUGGCUGAUAGCUGGCUGGUGCUAGCACAAAUUUUAGGCUGUUUUUUUCAGGAUCAAUGCAAGCAUGUUAUCCUGUUCAAAGUGUGAAUUGCACAUGCACAACUUGAAGGCCUCUUAGACCAAAACAGGACAUAUCUGGACAUGUAUUGACCAUAGUCCAGACAAGAACUGUUAAGAAGUUAGGGGCCUUCAACUUUGACCUUGUGCAUGCACAUUUCAAACUGUGAACAGGCUUAUUGCACAACACAAGCUGCAGGUCUGGAGGGCAAGGAUUGGUGUUGCAGAAGUUGUACAGGAUUUGAGGUAUAUGAUGUGCACGUAGGCUGUCUAGAAAACCUUUCUGUUUUCCAUACAUGAGAAUCAGCUGCAAUUUAGGAUUACUGGCAAAUACAUCUUGACUUCAUAUACAC